UUCUCGAUUCCUUUUGAAGGAGUGCUCGAUUUGUUCUUCUGCCACUUCCAAUCGGCUCGGAGCGAACUGCCCCAACAAUGGUGAAAGCCGUGGUCGGAGAGGAAACGCGGCUGAAAUUGACCGAAGAUCGCCUUGCCAAUUCCUCAAUCCCUGCUCAGGUUGGUCUCGUAAUUGGCAAGCUUAGCUCGACAUUGGACCGGGGUUUUGUGUUCGACUUGAUCCCAACCCCACCCAAUGAUGCCGGAGACCCUGCAUGUUCACUCGUCGAGUCCAACAAGGACGACAAGAAGAAGGGAACCAAGUCCAAGGCUCAGUCCUCCGAUUCUUCCUCUUUGGUCAUAGACAAGGAUUGGGUCGCCGAGCAUGCUCGUCAGGUGUCUAGAAUGUUAUUGGGUGGCAUGAAGGUGGUUGGAAUUUAUAUAUGGGCAAGCGAUAGCGCAUUUAAAAAUUCAACCUUUACGCUUUGCCAGACUAUAAAGGGAGUUGCAGAAGCAGCACCCUUCUUGGAGACUGAUUGGGAUGAAAGAUUGAUUAUUCACAUUUGUUACAGCCCAAGGAGAUGGACAUGUCGAAAUUGCUCCUUGAGUUCAAAUGUUACUUCAAGUAGCUUACGGCUGUGUGACUUUAAAAUGGGAAGGGUCUUAAAUUCUCUUCAAACAUUUAGUUGCCUAUACGACUUUGAUCUUAGAUUGCCUAUACAUCACAAGAGGGGGACAAAUGUCCAAACAUUGACCAAUGUACUACGUCAUGGGAUUUCUGUUCUUGCUAAAGAGCUAAGAGGUGCAAAAGCUAUUGUGGAUGGAAAUUUGGUAGUUAAUGAUGAGCCAUGCACAUCAGAUGGGCUGCAUGAAAUUGAGUUGCUUCUACCCUUCAAGAAAGAUGCUGUGACUGAAGCAUACAGCUUAAGGGAUGUUAUUGGGCUUCUUGCUUUUAGUGGCUCAGUUUGUUCGUAUGCAUACUUAAAUUCAAAAGAACCACUUUCACAAGCUGUUGCUGAUAUAAAGGAAGAUAUUAUCAAAAGUCUCCAAAGUAGAUUAGAUAUCAUAUGUGAUGAGGUAGAUGGAGAUACUGGUCCAGCUGAUGCUGGUGGUGAGGAAGUUAGUGAUGGAAUCUCCACUGAAACACCUAUUUCUCAACUUUCCUUACAGCUGUUAAGAAAAACUUGCAGUCUUUCUCUUCCUCGAAGAGUCUUUGUUCCCUGGUUGGCAGAGACUUUUGUGUGUGACUACCUACAACAAUCUGAGACACUUCAGGUGCUUAAAGAUCAUUUGGUCGAGUUGUUGUCUAUGGAAGCUAUGUUUGAUGUCUCAACAGUCUUGGAACCGGAAGUAGAAGCCCCGCCCGUGAUCACUAAAUCAUUUUGGGAUGUGGCAGUGCCCUUCUGUUCAGCGUCUUGCUCUUCGUCAGAGAAAACUGUACCAGAGUUGUCGAUGGAGAAAAGUAGCGGGAAGGUUAUUAAGUCUACCAAUGUCAACAUCAUACUGGCUGCUUUCUUUCUUGUUCUUUCAAUCUUAGUAGGGUUUUUUCUCAUUGCUGUCAGGGGAUCAUAGUUCAACCAAAGCUUCAAUUAGUAAAACCCAAAAUAUGAAUUCUGUGUAGCGUUUAUAAUGUCAAACCAAAAAUGAUAAAUUUUGUGUAGCUUCUAUAAUGUCAAGGUUGAUGGUGUUCGUGUUUCCUGUUGAAUGUCGAAAUACUCGCUUGCUUGCAUUAA